CUUUUGUUUUCUGGCUGUCCCUGGAAACAAAACAGUUCCACACCAACCUUCCCAUCCCAUACCAUCCCUCUCACUAUCAUCACAUCGCUCUCUCUCUCUCUAUCUCUCUUUCUUUCUUUCCCUGUCAUCUUUCCACACAGACAAAUCACACUCACUCAAUUCUUUUUUCUUCUCUAUUCAUUUCUUUUCUCAUAACAUGUCCAAACCUCAAACCUCCAAUCUCCUCCACUUCCGGUUAUGAAUCCCCCCCAACCGCCGCAGCCCCACCGCCCCUCCACCUCCUGCCCCCGCCACCCCGACGAAGCCUUCACCGGCUUCUGUCCCUCAUGCCUCUGCGAACGCCUCGCCCUCUUAGACCCCAACAACAACCCCUCCACCGCCAACUCCUCCUCCUCCUCAUCCUGGAAACCCGCCUCCACCGCCGCCGCCCUUAAAGCCCUCUUCCGGCCACCUUCCCUCCCCGAACUCCGCCGCACCAAAUCCUUCUCCGCCUCCAAAAACGAACCCUUCUCCUCCUUCGAACCCCAGCGCAAAUCCUGCGACGUCAGAGUCCGUAACACCCUCUCUAACCUCUUCCACCAAGACAUUACCAUUCACAUUAACCCUCCACGUGUCGUUGAACCGCAUCCCCAACAAAACGACAAUCCUCCACGCGUCCUUGACCAGCCCGAACAGCAAGAAGAAGAAGGAGAAGAAGAAGAGGAAGAGGAAGAAGACAGAGAGGAGAUUAGGGUUCUAGAGGAGCCCGAGCCCAAGCCCUAUGUGAACGAAAUCGAAGAACUUGAAGUAGAGAUACUAAAACAGAAAGAAAAAGAAGAAGAGCUUGUUGCUAUUGUAAAAGAAGAAGACGAGGGGUUGAAGACAAUGAAGGACCACAUUGACCUCAAUUCUUCUCAGAACAACAAGCAGCAGAAAGCGCGUGACUUCAAGGAGCUCGCGGGGAGCUUCUUCUCCGCGGCCUCGGUUUUCAGCAAGAAGCUGCAGAAGUGGCGGCAGAAGCAGAAGGCGAAGAAGCGGCGGAGCGGCGGCGCGCUGCCGGUGGAGAAGCCGAUCGGGCGGCAAUUCCGCGACACGCAGUCGGAGAUCGCCGACUACGGGUUCGGUCGGCGGUCGUGCGACACCGAUCCGAGAUUCUCGCUGGACGCCGGGCGGUUCUCGCUGGACGCCGGGCGGAUGUCGUUCGACGACCCGCGGUACUCGAUCGAGGAGCCGCGGGCGUCGUGGGACGGGUAUUUGGUGGGGAGAAGCGCGUUUCCGAGGAUGCCGACGAUGUUGUCGGUGGUGGAGGACGCGCCGGUGCCGGUGCCGGUGGCUGUGAACCAUGUGGUGAGGACCGAUAUGCAGAUUCCAGUGGAAGAGGGGUCGAAUGAAGAUGAGAGUGUGCCUGGUGGGAGUGCACAGACUAGGGAGUAUUACGAUUCGGGUUCCAGGAGGAGGAAGAGUCUUGAUAGGUCUAGUUCGGCUAGAAAGAGUAUUAGUUUGGAGGUGGAUGAGUUAGGGAAUAAUGGGAAUGAGAAUGGGAAUGGGAAUGGGAAUGGGAAUGCUAAGGUGGCUCCUGCUGGGGUGGAUUAUGUGCAGGGGGUGAGAAUGGGGUUUAAUGAUCGCGAAUUCGGGUCCAAUUCGAUGCGGGAGGAUUGCUGUUCUGAUAAGAUGUUUGAUGUGGGAGUGAUUGGGAAUGGGAAGGGAGGGAAGAAGGGGCGGCGGUGGCGGUGGAGCAUUUGGGGGUUUAUACACCGGCGUGGCGGGAACAAGGAUGGGGAUGAGGAUAGGUAUAGCAGGGUGAAUGGGGUGGAGAGGUCGUAUUCGGAGUCGUGGGGCGGUGGUGGUAGUGGUUUUAAUGGGAGGAUGUUGAGGAGCAAUAGUAGUGUGAGUUGGAGGAAUGUUCAAGGGAUUGGGAAUGGUGGUGGUAGUGGUGGUGGGUUUGGGGGUUUUAGGAGGAAUGGUGUUCAGAGCAAUGGGAAUGGGAAGAAGGGAAAGGAUGAACUUGUGUUGGAAAGGAAUAGAAGUGCAAGGUAUUCUCCUAACAACAUUGACAAUGGCCUCUUAAGGUUUUACUUGACUCCAAUGAGGGGGAGCAGAAGAAGUGGGUCUGUGAAAAGUAGGUCAAAUCAAGCACAUUCUAUUGCAAGAAGUGUGCUUGGAUUGUAUUGACAUGGAGAAGAAAGAUCCAUAAGGUUUUCUUUUGGUUUGAUGUUAAUUUUGCUCUGCAUUUCUUGUGUAAACCACACAUGCCCUAUGUAUUAUUAUUAUUAUUAUUAUUAUUGAUGGUUGGCUGGUAACAACAUGCUUCUUCUGUUUA